CCUCUGUAAUCAGGUGACUCUGUACAGGCGUGGUAUUGAGAACACUCUCCCUUACCACUACCUUUGCUUUUGCUUCUUCCUGGGAAAUUAGUUGUCAUAGUGGACUGUGUAAAGUGAAUCAGCAUGGCUGUCGUUGGGGGAAUCAAGUGUGUGAAAUAUCUCAUGUUUAUCUUCAACUUUUUCUUCUGGCUUGCUGGCACUGCAGUAUUAGCUAUAGGCCUGUGGCUAAGAUUAGACCAGAAGACCAAAGGCUUGUUUGAAGGACCAGAAUCUCCAUAUGUGUUUUACACAGGUGUAUAUAUCCUGAUAGGAGCUGGAGCACUGAUGAUGGUGGUGGGCUUUCUGGGAUGUUGUGGUGCCAUCCGGGAGUCCCCCUGUAUGCUGGGACUGUUCUUCUUCUUCCUGCUAAUCAUAUUUGCCAUCGAGGUAGCUGCUGGAAUCUGGGGAUUUUCUAACCAAAGCAAGGUGGUGAAUGAUAUCACCACAUUUUACAUACAGACGUACAACAACUACAAGUCAACUAGAGACGAGCGCCUCAAAGAGACACUGCGGGUGAUUCAAACUGAGUUGAACUGUUGUGGUCCAAGUGGGAAGGUAGAGGAAACAGACAGAGAAACUUGUCCAAAGGGAGAGCCACUGGAGGAGUUCAUUAUUAAGAGCUGUCCCGAUGCCAUUGAUGAGGUGUUUGACUCCAAGUUGCACAUCAUAGGAGGCGUAGGCAUCACCAUUGGGGUCAUUAUGGUGUUUGGGAUGAUCUUUAGCAUGCUCCUGUGCUGCGCCAUCAGGAGGUCUCGGGAGGUGGUGUGACACCCGCCUGAAGUCCCCGUUAAUGUUGCAUGAUGUCAUUCCUAGAGUCACAUGACUCUCCACUGCCAGUAGAAACACUGCUUGUUAAAGGGGGAUAACCUAAGCUAGGCUGGGUGCAGAUAUUUCUGAUUACAUUAUACAUCAGUUCUAUUUGUGCUGCUGAUGCUUAGGCCCACCUUCCUGGACUAGAUAGCUGUGAUGUGGUUAUAAGGCCCAACUAUAAAAUGGGUGUCAUCUGUUACUCAGUGGCAGUGUAGUAAAGAAAUGUGUACUUUUGUGGUGAUUUGAUUGAAAUUAGUGUGUGAACAGCUAAUUAUCUAAACAAAAAGAUCACACUAUUGUAUCCUGAUAACAUUUCUAUUGCUGUCACUUGGGGUCAUUUACUAGCAAGAACAUGGUCCAGACAAUUAAAAAAAAAAACACUUCAGCACAAUACAGCAGCAGCCAAUGCUUACAAUUUUUUUUCAUGCAACUCUUAAGUGAAAUUAAGGUGAGAGUAGCCAGCUGAAUACUGAGCUGUGAACUGUGGUUUUAACCAACUAGAGUAGCAUACCGGUUCCUUUAUUUUUGAUUCCUCUGUUUUUAUCCUGAUUUGUGUUUGUAAAUGUUUUCCUUUUGUGUCUGUGAGAUUUCUAAUGUUAGAUGUUGAUAUUUUACAUGCAGUUUGAUGAUGCAUUUUGUAAUGUCCUCUUCAUUUUACAGAGAUUGGAUUGAUUUAUACCAUAUGCACUAUAUUUCACAGAGACAAAAUUUAAUAAGCGCCAAAUAAACUAAAGUGUACUGAGUCAA